AAUAUAUGUGGUGUGAACAAGAUAACAAAUGAAAAAAAAAUCUUCCAGUUUAUGAUUAAUGUCUCUGACUCACCGGUAAAUGUUUCACCCAGCAGUGAAAAAGAAACUAAAGAAGAAGAGACACAAACAGGAUGUGUGUCGCAGCAGCUCAGAGUUCAAAGACCUGAGCCCGUGGCUGAAUACUGUCUGUCUGUUGACUACAGGUGUUUUCUCUCAAUGCAAAUGUGCUUUCUCAUAGCUUUGUUCCAGUCAAACCUGUUUUUCCACUCUGUCGUCACGCGGACACCUGAGAGGAUCCAAUUACCGGAAGUUACCGAGCCUGUUGUCACCUGGGCGGACUCCUCAGGAGUUUAGUUGAGAAGAGACGCCAUUGUGGAGCAGAAAAGGAGCAACAUGUCUGCCAGCGGGCUGGUUUCGGUGGCUUUGUUCCUGCUUGCAGCGACAGGUGUAUGUGGCUUUGACGUCACCAGCAGCAACAAAAACGUGCGGGUGAAGGAGAAUGAAGGCUGUGACCUCACAUGCACAUAUUCAGCUGACUUCGGUUCACAGGCCAGAGUUGAGUGGAAGUUUCAGAACCCGAAAGGCUCACAGACGUAUGUGAUCUUUGAUGGGAGUCCAACAACGCCGUACAAAAACCGAGUGACGAUGUACGGCGGCAGCAACGUGAGAUUCUCUAAAGUGACCCGCCUCGAUAACGGAGUGUAUCAAUGCGAGGUGUCCGGCAACGGACAGUUCAGGGAAGUCAGUGUGAAGCUGACCGUUCUGGUGCCUCCGUCUCCGCCCUUGUGCCGGGUCCCCACCACGGUGACGACGGGCCGGCCCGCCAUGCUGUCCUGCCACGACAGCGAUGGUUCACCACCUCCUCAGUACAAGUGGUACAAAGACGGCACCCUGCUGCCCACCGAGCCCAGCAAGAUUACAGGCUUCAAGAACGCCACCUACAGGCUGAAUCCAGACAAUGGCAACCUGGAGUUUCCUGGUGCUACUAAGGGGGACUCCGGUCAGUACUACUGCGAGGCUUUCAACGACGCCGGUCCUCCACAGCGCUGUAAAACCCUGAAAAUGGAAGUCCGUGACCUGAACACUGGAGGAAUCGUUGCAGGUGUAAUUGUGGCUCUGCUGCUCGUGGCCGUGCUGGUAUUCGGCAUCUGGUACGCCCACAAAAAAGGAUACCUGCCCAAGAAAACUGAAAGCAAACCGAAGCCCAGCGUGGUCUACCAGCCGGCAUCUUCAUUAUACGGUGGUGGUGAGGAUGAGGAUGGGGAAUUCAAACAGAAGUCAUCUUUCGUGGUGUAGUCUGCAGGAGAACGACUCUGUUUUAAACAUCUCUCAGCGUGGGAUCUUCCUACAGUUUUAAGUGACGUCUUUUUGUUUGUUCCUAAAUUGCAGUUUUUAUAGACCAGUGUGAUUGUUAGAGGUGAUCCCCCACUCUCUACUCCGAAGCAUCAAGGUUUCCAGGCCAUAAUUUUCUACGUAAAGGUUAUGAUACCUCUAUUUUAAUAGAAUGAGCUGUGGCUACUAGUGAACCAAUUUCAUCUCCGACAUUUAUGUGUUUGAAGUGUGUGUUUCUGAUUUUCUGUGCCUCCUAAAAACAUUUUUUUGUUUAAACAAUGCAUCUUCAUAUAAAUAUAUUAAAUCAAAAGUAGUACAGAUACUCCAAGUACUGGUAAUAGGGAAAAUCCAGGAAGAGAUUUAUUUAUCUGUAUUAUUCUAAGGAAAAUGGACACAACAACACUUGAUAAAUCUUUUCUUGGAGCCACAUUUUUUAUUACAUUUACUCACCUUAAUUUCCUCCAGAACAUCUCUCUAUCAGUUAGUCUGUGUAUCCAAGCUGAAACAUUGAAGGCGCUUUUAUAUCACAGAUCAUAGAUUGUCUCUGAGGUGUUUUUCUAUCCCUUUUUAACAAAAAACACAAAACUGUUGUACCAUAUUUUUUUUUCUAUUAUUUUUUUUUCUUGUAAAUAAAACAGUUUUUACAUGUGACAUUUUACAUUUGUAAUUUAGAACAAUUUAAAAAUUGGUUUAAAUCUCUAAGCAACUGGAUAUUAACAUUUUAGGUGCAUGAUUUAUUUUUCAUAUCAUUUCUAGUUGAAUUUGUAUUAUAUUUGUCUGGUAGUCUGUGACAUAAGUUUGUAAACCUCCUGAAUUGGUAUUUAACAGGGUGAAUAUUGAACAUGUGACGCUGCACUUUCUCAUUAACCGGAAAUGGCAGUGUGAGUUAAUAACAUGUUUAACAAGUUUUAAAAUGCUUACCAGCCUGUUUUAGAAGACGUCAUGUAAUCCCUAAUCACAAUGAUUCAUCGCCCAAACUGUUUGGACAUAAUGGUUCUAAAAUUAGUUCUAAAUCCAGGAACUAAAAUUAUAUUUUGUCUAAUUUGUUACCCUUGACUUCCACAGAUUCUCAGGACAUGUGUUUAAGAGGUUUAAUAUGGUCAAAAAUCAAUACAUAUAACAAGUUUAUAUAACAUAUCAUGCACAAUAUUUAAAUUGGGAAAUAUUUUUGAGUGCUGUGUUGUUUUUUUUGUAGAAAAUGUUGAGCUGAUGAAACGGCUGCUGAUUGUAACUUUUCAUGUGUUGGUUAAUAAAAUGUUGAUAAAAAUAA